UGGCGGGUGGGUUCUGUAACUUCUGUUCCCACUUCCCAAUCUGGAGGGAGGGAGGAAGAAGCCAACGGUACCAUUCCUUUGAAGAAGAAUGGGUUGGGUUAUUCAUGUCGAGUCGGAGGAAGUUUCCCGGUCAUAAACUAUAACGCCAGGUCUACAUCAUCGUUUCAGAUAAGUCUCCUUCAUUUGGACUAGGCCAAUUCCUUCAACUUGACUAUUAGGGUUGACUGCUUUUAGCUCAUAUAUGGUUCAUCCCCCCUUUUUUUAAUCACUGCCACUGGGCAUCCUUGUUACAAAGAUCUUUACUGAGUUCUGUCUCAUGCAAGGUACGGGUUCUGCUUUAUUCUUGUUUUGAUUUUAUAUUCCCAAAUCGGGGUGAAUAUCCCAUACAGAUUCUUGAGUUUUGCUGUGCUUCUAAUUGAUCUCUCGUCUUUGGGAACGGUGAUAUGGGGAUACGAAUCACGAAGGUGUCCAUGGAUUUGCAUCACUGGUCAUUUUCUGGUUCCACGGACGGAUGUGAGUCAAAACAGGAGUCUGUUUCAGCCUAUUCAGAUCCUAAUUCGAUUACAGGAUUUCAACUUGAAGAUGUGAACCGACAAUAUGAAUACUCGAAUGUUCUCCCCAUUUCAGAUGGUCCAGCCCCUGCAAUUCACUCCACGGAUUUGUCUGUGAGCUGUAGUGGAGAUUCUGCAGAAAAAUAUGAUUUCUGUGACUCUGUUCUCAAGUACAUAGACCAGGUAUUAAUGGAAGAUGACAUGGAAGACAAGGCCUCCAUGUUUGAGGACUCCACUCUUCAUGCUGCUGAGAAAUGCUUCUAUGAUAUACUUAAUGAAAGAUAUCCUUCCUUGCCCAAUCUGGUGAUGCCUCGUGAGGAAACAACUAGCACCCAAUGUAGCAGCAGUUACGGUGGCAGCUCUCCUGAUGCUGACAACUUGGUUAAAUUUGGUGCAAGUAUAUCUCCACUUGUGCACAAUCCUUCUGUCGACCAUUCAUUAUUGACUGACUCACCAUCAUUUUCCUCUAUAAGAUUCCCUUGUCAUAGAGUUAUUGAACCCGUGAAGUCUCUUGUGAAUUGGGGGGGGAUCGAGAAUCCGAGGAACAUUAUACCUAGUGAAAAUGGCGGAACUUUUAAUUUUGAGAACAACAGAUUAGCAUCAACUACAGCAAAGGAAAAGGUUUGGCAAACGACAGGCAAGCUGGAAAAGGAUGAAGGGGACUGUCAGGGUAGUUUAUUGAGGGGAAGAAAAAGUCUUGACCGAGAGGAGAGUUGCUUAGAAGAAGGGAGAAGUAACAAGAAGUCGACAGUAGAUGUUGAGGAGUCUGUUUUACACGAGAUGUUUGAUAAGGUAUUGUCCUUUGGCGAGUCUGCAUUACACACUUCUGAUGAUGACCUGCCAACCGAGGCAGGCAAAAAGGGGCAAGAAUAUGAGCAAGCAAAAAUAUAUGAUAAAGAAAGAACCUACUACAAGAAAGGAAUUGCGAAAAAGGAAGCACUUGAUAUGAGGCGACUACUGAUACAGUGCAUGCAAUCUGUGGCAGACAAUGAUCUGAUGACAGCAACUGAACUACUGAAGCGUAUAAGGUUGCUUUCAUCUCCACUGGGUGAUGCAUCCCAGAGGUUGGCUCAUUACUUUGCUAAUGGUCUCGAGGCACGGUUGACCAGUUCUAGGACCUCAGAAUAUAAACCCUUUUCUUUCCUGAGCUUAGUGGAAGCUGACGUUUGGAAAGCUCAUAAAUUGUGCGUUUCAGCAUUCCCUUUCAUGGGGAUUUCUUACUUCGUUGCAACCCAAAUGAUCAUGGAACUGGCUGAGAAAGCUACUUGUCUUCACAUUAUCAAUCUUGGUAUUCUUCAUGGCCUCCAAUGGCCCCCGCUUAUUCGGCGUUUAUCUGAAAGACCUGGUGGACCUCCCAAGCUUCGCAUAACGGCAAUAGACCUUCCCCAAAUUGGAUUCCGACCAGAUGCAAGGGUUAAGGAGACAGGACGGCGUUUAGCAACUUAUUGUGAGAAGUUGAAGGUUCCAUUUGAGUACAAUGGCUUCGGACAAAAAUGGGAAACUGUUAGUGUUGAGGAUCUCAGGAUUCAGAACGAGGAGGUGCUUGUUGUUAACAGUUUGUACCAGUUUCAUAACUUACUUGAUGACACAGUUAUGGAGCGUAGUCCAAGGGAUGCAGUUUUAAACUUAAUCAGGAGGAUUAAUCCAGAUAUUUUCAUACAUGGAGUAGUUAAUGGCACCUAUAAUUCCCCAUUUUUUGUAUCACGGUUCCGUGAGUGUCUCUUCCAUUUCUCUUCUUGGUUUGAUAUGACGGAUGCUAAUGUGCCGCGUCAUAAUCAUGAUAGAAUCAUGCUUGAGAGGGAAAUAUAUGGGAAGGCCAUUUUGAAUAUCAUAGCAUGUGAAGGGUUAGAUAGAGUUGAAAGGCCAGAGACAUACAGGCAAUGGGAGAUUCGGACACUCAGGGCAGGGUUCAAGCAGGUUCCUUUGAAUCAGGAGAUUCUUAAGGAAGUAAGAGCUAAGAUCAAAUCAUCGUACCACAAGGACUUUUUUAUCGACAAGGCCGAUAAGUGGAUGAUGUGUGGAUGGAGAGGUCGAGCCCUCUUUGCCAUCUCGUCUUGGAAGCUUGCCUAGCUAGCUGUUAUGUAUGCCUCUAUAGCAUAGGACAAUGAAACUAUAUACGAACUUUUAUGACUUCUUGUUUUAGUUAAACAUGAUUCUCUAUUAUUAA